CAGCCAAGUUCAUGCCCGCAGCUGCCAGAUCUGUGCAGCGCCCGGAACAUCGGCUCCAGCCGCCCAGCCCGGCGGCCAGCGAAGUCCCCUGGAGGCGGCUCCCUGCCAACUUGCCGAAGGGCCCCUGCCCAGCCUGCCGCCGGCCCCUUCCCUCUCCCACGCCCCGUGGCCCGCAGAGCGAUGCCGGGGAGCGAGCAGGCCUCCAGGCAAGGCGAGGAAUCCGGCUGAGGUUCGCCUCGUGGCUCCCCUCCUAGAUGCUAGAUGGCCUUGGAAAGCUCCCUGCCCCUGUGCCCAAGGAACUGCUCAGCCUGGGCUCCCAGGAACGGGUCCGUGGCAGAAAGGGCAGCCCCCUACACCAAUGUGAUCAUGCCUAGCCUGUUCGGCAUCAUCUGUUUCCUGGGCAUUGUCGGGAAUCUCAUCGUUAUCUACACCAUCGUCAAGAAGAAGAAGCUGAGGUGCAAGCAGACCGUGCCCGACAUCUUCAUUUUCAACCUCUCCAUCGUGGAUCUUCUCUUCCUGCUGGGCAUGCCUUUCCUCAUCCACCAGCUCCUUGGUAACGGCGCCUGGUAUUUUGGGGCUCCUUUGUGCACCAUCAUCACUGCCUUGGACACCAACAGCCAGAUCACCAGCACCAACAUCCUGACAGUGAUGACCCUUGACCGUUACCUGGCAACCGUCUACCCUCUGAAAUCCACCUAUGUCCGGACACCAUGUGUAGCGGCCUCAGUAAUCUGCUUGGUGUGGCUCCUUUCCUUCCUGACCAUCAUUCCUGUGUGGAUGUAUGCGGGCCUGAUGCCUCUAGAGGAUGGGACUGUCCGCUGUGCUCUCUUGCUUCCUAACCCCGAGACUGAUGUCUACUGGUUCACGCUCUACCAGUUCAUGCUGGCCUUUGCUAUCCCACUGAUUGUCAUCUGUGUUGUUUAUUUUAAGAUCCUCCAGCACAUGGCUACCACUGUGGUCCCCCUUCCCCAGAGGAGCCUCCAGGUACGUACCAAGAAAGUCACACGCAUGGCAGUUGCUAUCUGCUCUGCCUUUUUCAUUUGCUGGGCCCCUUUCUACGUCCUCCAGCUGGUGCAUCUCGGCAUUGACACGCCUUCUGUUGCCUUCUUCUAUGCCUAUAACUUCGCCAUUAGCUUGGGCUAUGCCAACAGCUGCCUCAACCCCUUCCUCUACAUUGCCCUGAGCGAGACCUUCAAGCGCCAGUUCAUGGUGGCCAUCUGUCCCGCCAAGGAGCAGGUCCGCAACAAUAGUUCCAUCAACAACAACAGCGCAACAGAGGCCAGUGUGUGCCUAAAGCUUGCACCAGAAUCCACUCAGCAGACUCAAUUUCUGGAGGAUUUUUCCCCACACUCGCUACCUGUGACUGUCGCAGUUCACUAGGGACACUAUAGUCAUGCCAAAAGAUGGCUUUGGGGGUCUUUUCUGGGAAUGACACAAAGUAAGGAGGGCAGUGGAUAAGAAGUAGCUUUUGACUGCUCUCAGCGAAGCACAUGGACUACAGGUUUCUACUUUGGAGACUCACAGUCGAGUCCUCGCUCAUUACAGGGCUCUGCAUUCAAUCUACCCCUGAUCUAAGAGCUUCUGCGUACUGGUUGCUUGGUACACUGAGGAAUGACUUGGGAAUUCCUUUUAAUUUCACACAAAACAUUGGGCUCUUCUUGGAAGGAAAAGGAAAAGAGAGGGAGACAUGAAGAGAGAGAAGUCUUUGGAAGGUAUUUUGUUGGCACUGGACGCCAUGCCAGCCUUUAACAAAAGGAUCUCAAUUGGGUCUUUACUGUUUGACUAUUGUUUCUGGGAAAGAAGUUGAUAUGGACCCUCUUGCUUUAAGACUUGAACUUUUUAAAAAGACUACUUAAAAAAAGGGGGAGAGGGCUAGAAAACUGAGCUUAUUGAGGCAUAUGCUUAAAUUCCAGAAGCAAAAAGACAAGGAACUGCUCAGCAAAGCAGCCUUCAAAGUGCCUGAGGAACAAACCCACAAGCAUUAGGUGAGGGAACUCCUGCCUUGCCAAGAUCCGCUGGACUUUUUGGUGAAGUCCCAACCUGCCUCCAGUGAGCUGUGCUGCUUGGCCGACCUAUGAAUAUUCAGGAACUGGAUGCUGGGGCCUUGACAAGCUGUCUCUAUAUAUUUGCAAGCAAAAUCAGACCCUCUGGCAGAUAGCGAUUGUACUGCUUCAAGGGAUUUCACACAGCUGAGCAAAGCUGCUGCUCCUAACACCCGAUCUGUAGAGAGUCAUCCCAUUAAGCCUGUUUCCCCCAUACUGCUCCUUCAGUCUCUCUCUGUGCCCAUCAAUCUGCAUGUUCAUUAGGGAAUAUCACACAGGUGGCUUUUUAAAGAUUCCUCCAAACAAGCCAGCGUGCACAAAGACAGAUGUGUGUAGAGGAAGAGAAUGAGAGGUUGCUCUGAGAAAAGCAGCUGCUUAAGGAUAAUGAUAUUACCACCAAUUAAAACAAAAAAACAUACAUAUUUGGCAAAUACAGCUCUAUCUCUCCAGAGACUGCAAGGUACUUUCACCUAUUAGAGGGACAUGGAUCAGCUAAGUGCUGGGGAUUACACUGAUAGACUGCACAGAAGUCCCAGGAGACGGUCAGGAAAGUCUUAAACUGCUUGUUAAACAAGGAGCAAGUGACUGUUGUGGAUGUGUGUCAUAUAGCAGAAACAUUACAACCAUACACUGUUUCAUAUGCAUUCCUACAGAGACCACACAUGGUGCAAAGGAACUAAUUCACAUCCUCAUAAUCACACACUCAUCCACACAGCUGCACACCUUCAUGCAGCUACACACAGUCACACAUACAACUACAAAACAUUCUUCAGAAACCAUGCACACAUUUGUAGGCAUGUGUGUAU